AUGAAUAUAAUUAAUAAUUUAAAAACAGCAUCAAACAAUGAAUGUAUGCUAGAACAUGAAGAUAUUGAAGGUUCAUAUAAUUUAAAUCAUCAUAUUCUAUCAGUUUUUAUAUUAUUAAUUGUAUCUUUUAUUGGUACUUGUUUUUCAAUUGUAACAACACGAAUUAAACGUCUACAUAUUAAUCCAAUUAUAAUUAAUACAGGAAAAUUUUUUGGUAGUGGAAUCAUACUAGCAACAGGUUUUAUUCAUAUGUUACCACCUGCAAUGGAAUCAUUAACUUCUCCUUGUUUACCCGAAUCAUGGAGUAAAUAUAGUGCUUAUGCCGGUCUUUUUGCUAUGUUAGCUGUACUCAUUAUGCAAUUAAUUGAAUUUAUUGCUCAUGAAAAAUAUUAUUCUCGUGUUCAUUCAAUAGAAAGUGGUACAAGUUCACCAUCUGAAACAAGCCAACAUGUAGAAAUAGGAACUUCAGUAACUGAAGUUGUUAAUACACCUGUAGAGAUUAGUAAAUCAACACAUCAUCAUCAUCAUCAUCAUCAUCACCAUGGUACAGCUUUUCAAGAUGAUGUUCAAACUAAUAAAAUAAGUGCAUAUUUACUUGAAUUCGGUAUAGCACUUCAUUCAAUUCUAAUUGGUAUAGCAUUGGGUACAGCUAGUGAAUCUUUUGUUGCUUUAUUUAUUGCAUUAAGUUUUCAUCAAUUUUUUGAAGCAAUUGCACUUGGUGCACAAAUUGCUCGUUUAGAUCAUUUAUCAUUAAAAUCAAUUAUUUUUAUGGUUAUAUUUUUUGUUUUAACAACUCCAAUUGGUAUUGCUAUUGGAAUUGGUAUUCAUUCACAAACAUACAAUCCAAAUUCAAUUGCUUCAUUACUUGCCAAUGGUAUUCUAGAUGCAAUAUCAGCUGGUAUUCUUAUUUAUGUUGCUAUUGUUAAUUUAAUAACAGCUGAAAUGGGUGCUAGUGCUAAUACAUUUCAUGCAUUAAGUAAACGUUUAAAAUUCUUAUAUUUUGUUGCAUUAUAUGCUGGCGUUGCAGCUAUGGCGGUUAUAGGAAUAUGGGCUUAA